AUGCCCCAAUAUUCAGAUAUCGAUAGAUUAGCUAUCAGGACAGUCAGAGUACUUUCCGUAGAUCAAGUAGCCAGUGCCAAUUCCGGUCAUCCAGGUGCUCCCCUAGGUUUGGCACCAGCUGCACACGUAGUAUGGAAACAAUUGCGUUUAAAUCCAUCUAAUCCAAACUGGAUCAACCGUGAUCGAUUUGUCUUAUCUAACGGUCAUGCAUGUGCUUUACUAUAUUCUUUAUUGCACUUGACUGGCUAUGAUUUCACCUUGGAUGAUUUAAAACAUUUCAGACAAUUGAACUCAAAGACUCCCGGACAUCCAGAAUAUGGUCUUCCAGGGAUCGAAUUGACUACUGGUCCAUUGGGACAAGGUAUUUCUAAUGCUGUUGGGUUGGCUAUUGCUCAAGCUAAUUUUGCUGCUACUUAUAAUAAGCCAAAUUUUACCAUUUCUGAUUCUUAUACCUUUGCGUUUUUGGGUGAUGGUUGUUUACAAGAAGGUGUUUCCUCAGAGGCUUGCUCAUUGGCUGGUCAUUUACAAUUAGGUAAUUUGAUUGCCAUUUAUGAUGAUAAUCAAAUCUCUAUUGAUGGUGAUACUGCUGUCUCCUUCACUGAAGAUGUUUUGAAAAGAUAUGAAGCUUAUGGUUGGGAAGUUUUGACGGUCGAAAAGGGAGAUGAUGAUUUGGAUUCAUUUUCUGAAGCAUUAGAGAAAGCAAAGGCUAAUAAGGAGAAGCCUACUUUGAUUAAAGUGAAGACAAUAAUUGGGUAUGGUUCAUUACAACAAGGUACUGGUGCUGUUCAUGGGACUGCUUUGAAACCUGAUGAUGUUAAACAAUUGAAAAAGAAAUUCGGAUUUGAUCCUGAAAAAUCAUUUGUUGUACCUCAAGAAGUUUAUGAUUUGUUCAAGAGGGAUAUUACUGAUCCAGGGAAGAAGUUGAAUGAAGAAUGGGAUAGAUUAUUUGAACAAUAUCAAAAAGAUUAUCCAGAUUUAGGUAAAGAAUUAGCAAGAAGAUUAAAUGGUGAUUUGCCUCCAAAUUGGGAUGAAAAAUUACCAACUUAUAAACCUACUGAUUCUGCUUUGGCAACAAGAAAAUUAUCUCAAGCAGUGUUAGAGAAGAUUAACUUUGAAUUGCCUGAAUUGAUUGGUGGAUCAGCUGAUUUGACUCCAUCAACUUUAACAAGAUGGGAACAUGCUAUUGAUUUCCAACCACCUUCGACAGGAUUGGGUGAUUAUUCAGGAAGAUAUAUUAGAUACGGUGUUAGAGAGCAUGGUAUGGGUGCUAUUAUGAAUGGUAUUGCUGCAUUUGGUGCUAAUUAUAGACCAUUUGGUGGCACGUUCUUAAAUUUUGUUUCAUAUGGUGCAGGUGCUGUAAGAUUGGCUGCUUUAUCUGGAUACCCUGUAAUUUGGGUUGCCACACAUGAUUCUAUUGGAUUAGGUGAAGAUGGACCAACUCAUCAACCGAUUGAAACAUUAACACAUUUUAGAGCUUUACCAAACAUCCAAGUUUGGAGACCCGCUGAUGGUAAUGAAGUCUCUGCUGCGUACAAGAUGUCUAUUGAAUCCAAACAUACUCCAAGUAUUAUUGCAUUAACAAGACAAAAUGUCCCACAGCUAGAAGGAAGUUCUAUUACCAAGGCAUGCAAAGGUGGUUAUAUAAUUCAUGAUGUUGAAGAUCCUGACGUUAUUCUUGUUUCUACAGGAUCAGAAGUCUCACUAUGUGUAGAAACCGCCAAAAAACUCGCUGAGAGUGUCACCAAUAAAAGAAAAGUUCGUGUUGUUUCAUUACCAGAUUUCCAUACUUUUAACCGUCAAAGUAAAGAAUACCAAUUAUCAAUGUUACCAGAUGGUGUACCUAUCUUAUCAGUUGAAGUAGCCGCUACAUUGGGAUGGGGUAAUUAUUCACACGCCCAUUUUGGUAUUGAUAGAUUUGGUGUUUCUUGUAAAGGUACAGGCGCAUUCAAAUUCUUCGAUUUCGUUCCAGAGGGUCUAGCUAAGAGGGUAGAAAAGGUGAUUGAGUUUUACGAAGGAAGGAAACUUUAUUCUCCAUUGAACAGACCCCCAUUGUGA